UUCACUUGGGAGGAAGAAGCCGCCACAACGACUGUGCGGACGCUUCAGCCGCAUCAGCAUGAAGCUGCCCCGGAUCCCGCUCCGCAGGCAGAAGCUACCCAAGGUCGUAGUGGCCCAUCACGACCUGGAUAACACACUCAACUGCAGCUUCCUGGAGCCACCAUCGGGGCUGGAGCAGCCCUCACCAUCCUGGUCUUCCCGGGCCUCAUUCUCCUCCUUUGACACCACUGACGAAGGCCCUGUGUACUGCGUGCCCCACGAGGAGGCGGCAACCGAGAGCCGAGACCGGGAGAUUCCCACCUCCCCAGCGGAGGAGUGCUUAAGGCAUGAAAAGUAG